AUUAAUAUAAAUGCAUAUAACACGUCCCUAGAAACAUCCUUUAGCAUAUAACUAGACAAAAACCUCUCUGUCUUUCAAAUUUAGCAACGUAAACACCCCCAGAAACACCUUCACAGCAUAACCAUUACGACAACGUAGAAACCAACUUGUGUUUUCUCUCUCUCUCAACAAAUACAUGAACUGCUCUCUUUUCUCCGUUCAAAACUGGGUUUUAGUUCAACACUUUUACAACCCAUAAAAGGAAGAACCUUUGUGAAAAAACAAAGUACUGGGGUUUGCUCAGAAACUUUGUUCACUCAAAAAAAUUCUUUCUUUCUCUUGUUUUAGUCGUUGAGUUUUUUAUAAAGCCAAAAAAGAUAGAAGCUUUACAUUUGAGAAUAGUUGGCAAUGGUGCACUCCUAUAGAUAUCAUCAGUUAAAAAAAGGUGAUCGUCAUCAUGUUGAAGAAGAGGAGGUGCUGUUGUCAUCUUUGAUGAGUGCAGCAAGCUCGGGUUAUUUCAAUAGGACAAGGCCCAAGCUUUUCUCUCUUGUCAUUCUUUCUCUUCUCUCUUGCUGUCUUAUUUUAUCUCCUCCAUUGUUUUGUUCUUCCUCUACUUCCUCUCUUUCGUAUUCUUUUGAUGUAGAAAGUGAUGGGGUUGCCACUAAUGUAAAUGCAAAAGCUUAUUUGAGCUCUUUGAUUUCUAAUGGAACCAUAUGUUGUGACCGAAGCAGUACGCGUUCUGAUGUCUGUGUUAUGAAAGGGGAUGUAAGAACACAUUCUGCCUCUUCUUCGAUCUUCCUCUUCACCUCAAGAAAUACCAAUUCCGUGAUGAACAAGGUUUCGAGUUCAGUUGAUAAAGAUGAGGAACUCCAUCAUGAAAAGAUCAAACCAUACACCCGAAAAUGGGAAACGAGUGUGAUGGACUCAAUUGGUGAAUUAGGCCUUAUUGCAAAGACAGAGAAUUCUAGAAUUAACCAUCAUUGCGAUGUCAUGCAUGAUGUGCCAGCAGUGUUCUUUUCGACUGGAGGCUACACCGGUAAUCUUUAUCAUGAAUUCAAUGAUGGGAUUUUGCCUUUGUACAUUACAUCACAGCAUUUCAAGAAGAAGGUUGUGUUUGUUAUUCUCGAUUAUCAUAAUUGGUGGAUCAUGAAGUAUGGAAACAUACUAUCACUUCUUUCGGAUUAUCCUGCCAUUGACUUUAGCGGAGACAAGAAAACCCAUUGCUUUCCUGAAGCUAUCGCUGGUCUUAGAAUCCAUGAUGAGCUCACAGUGGAUCCUUCAUUGAUGCAGGAGAAUAAAAGCAUUGUUGAUUUUCGCAAUUUUCUAGACCGAGCUUACUGGCCUCGAAUUAAAAGUAUGAUUAAAGAAGAAGAACGAAGAGCUCGAAAGAAACUUGAACUGAAAGCUCAAUCAUCAAAAAAAGACCUAAAGCAAGUGCAUGAAGCCACCUUGAAGAAACCUAAACUGGUAAUUUUAUCUCGACAUGGGUCUAGAGCUAUAACUAAUGAGAAUUUAUUGGUGAAGAUGGCUGAAGGAAUCGGAUUUCGAGUUGAAGUGAUGAGACCUCAACCAACGACAGAACUGGCCAGGAUAUAUCGCGCACUUAAUUCAAGUGAAGUUAUGAUUGGUGUCCAUGGUGCUGCCAUGACUCAUUUUCUGUUUAUGAAGCCCGGUUCGGUUUUUAUCCAAGUUAUUCCUCUAGGAACAGAAUGGGCAGCCGAUGCUUAUUAUGGUGAGCCUGCAAGGAAGCUUGGUUUAAAGUAUAUUGGCUACCAAAUUCUUCCAAGAGAGAGUUCAUUGUAUGACAAAUACGAUAAGAAUGAUCCUGUUCUUCGAGAUCCCAGAAGCGUGUCUGACAAGGGAUGGCAAUACACAAAGUCGAUCUAUCUUGAUAACCAAAAUGUGAGGCUCAAUCUUGGAAGAUUUCAGAGGAGGUUGCUUCGUGCUUACCGUUACUCUAUCGCAAAAGUGAAUAGUAGAUAUCAUCUCCAAUCACAGUAAUAUUCAGUGACUGCAUGAGAUAUAUUAAGUGAUUCAUCUUUGUGCAUUAGAUGGCACAAAAGGGCAACUAGGCGCGUAUAUGUUUGUAUAGGCUAUAGAUUUCUAGCACAAGUCCUCAGUACGUAUAUUAAGCACACAAUACCAAUAAGCUUAUGUGUAAAUCACACAAUGUUUGGAGUUUUUUCACUGGGCUAAUAUUUCUUCUUUA